ACCCAGGUGCGUACGCGACGGAGCGGGGUGUGAAGAUGGCGGACGAAGAGGCCGAGCAGGAGAGGUUGAGCCGUGGGGAAGGCAGCUGCGUCGCGGAGCUCCAGCGCCUGGGCGAGCGGCUCCAGGAGCUAGAGCGACAGCUGCGGGAAAGCCGGGUACCGGCCGUCGAAGCGGCCACGGAGUACUGUCAACAGCUGUGCCAGACACUUCUUGAAUAUGCAGAGAAAUGGAAAACUUCAGAUGAUCCCUUACCUUUAUUGGAGGUAUACACGGUGGCUAUCCAGAGCUAUGUUAAAGCACGACCUCAUCUUACCUCUGAAUGUGAAAAUGUAGCAUUGGUUCUGGAACGCUUGGCAUUAAGCUGUGUUGAACUUUUAUUGUGUCUGCGUGUUGAGUUAUCAGAUAAACAAUGGGAACAAUUUCAGGCGCUAGUACAGGUAGCUCAUGAGAAGUUGAUGGAGAAUGGCAGCUGUGAAUUGAAUUUUUUAGCUACUCUAGCUCAAGAGACUGGGGUGUGGAAGAACCCAGUGCUGUGCUCCAUUCUUUGCCAGGAACCCCUGGAUAAGGAUAAAGUGAAUGAAUUUUUAGCUUUUGAGGGCCCCAUCUUGUUGGAUAUGAGAAUUAAACAUCUAAUCAAAACGAAUCAGUUAAGUCAAGCAACUGCUCUAGCAAAGCUGUGUUCUGACCAUCCAGAGAUUGGUUCUAAAGGUAGUUUUAAACAAACCUACCUUGUGUGUCUGUGUACAUCAUCACCAAAUGAAAAGUUAAUUGAAGAGAUUUCAGAAGUUGAUUGCAAAGAUGCACUAGAAAUGAUAUGUAACUUAGAAUCUGAGGGUGAUGAAAAAAGUGCUCUUGUUUUAUGUACUGCAUUUUUAUCCCGUCAGUUGCAACAAGGAGAUAUGUACUGUGCUUGGGAGCUCACUCUCUUUUGGAGUAAGUUACAACAAAGGGUAGAACCAUCUGUACAAGUGUAUCUAGAGAGGUGUCGUCAGCUUUCUUUGUUAACCAAGACGGUCUACCACAUUUUCUUCCUGAUUAAAGUUAUUAAUUCAGAGACUGAAGGGGCUGGACUUGCCACCUGUAUAGAGCUAUGUGUAAAAGCUCUUCGCUUGGAAUCCACAGAAAAUACUGAAGUGAAAAUAUCUAUUUGCAAGACCAUUUCAUGCUUGUUGCCUGAUGAUCUGGAGGUUAAACGUGCCUGUCAACUGAGUGAAUUUCUUAUUGAGCCUACAGUAGAUGCUUAUUAUGCUGUGGAAAUGCUGUACAACCAACCAGACCAGAAAUACGACGAAGAGAAUCUUCCAAUACCAAAUUCUCUACGCUGUGAGCUCUUACUUGUAUUGAAAACUCAGUGGCCCUUUGAUCCAGAAUUUUGGGAUUGGAAAACCUUAAAACGACAAUGCCUUGCAUUAAUGGGAGAAGAAGCAUCCAUUGUGUCUUCAAUAGACGAGUUAAAUGACAGUGAAGUGUAUGAAAAGGUAAUAGACUACCAAGACGAGAUUAAAGAAACUUCUCUAAAUGGACUUUCUGGUGGAAUUGGUGCUAAUUCUGACCUUUGUGAUGAGAAGCAGAAGAAAAAAGAAAUAAAACAGUUAAGGGAGCGUGGAUUUAUAUCUGCUAGGUUUAGAAAUUGGCAAGCCUACAUGCAGUACUGUGUACUAUGUGAUAAAGAGUUCCUUGGCCACAGAAUAGUACGACAUGCUCAGAAACAUUACAAAGACGGGGUUUACAGUUGUCCCAUAUGUGCAAAGAACUUUAAUUCAAAAGAAUCUUUUGUUCCUCAUGUCACAUUGCACGUUAAACAAUCUAGUAAAGAAAGACUAGCAGCUAUGAAACCAUUAAGAAGAUUGGGUAGGCCUCCUAAGAUCACAGCUACCAAUGAGAAUCAGAAGACUGUCAAUAAUGCUGUAAUCAAGCAGGAUCAGAGGCCUAUUAAAAAGAAUAGUCUCUAUUCAACAGAUUUCAUAGUAUUUAAUGACAAUGAUGGUUCAGAUGAUGAAAAUGAUGACAAAGAUAAAUCUUAUGAACCAGAAGUGAUCCCAGUUCCUAAACCAGUACCUGUUAAUGAAUUUAACUGCCCUGUAUCUUUUUGUAAAAAGGGCUUUAAGUACUUUAAAAAUUUAAUUGCUCAUGUAAAAGGGCAUAAGGAUAAUGAAGAUGCCAAGCGCUUUCUUGAAAUGCAAAGCAAAAAAGUUAUUUGUCAGUACUGUAGGCGGCAUUUUGUAAGUGUGACUCAUCUCAGUGACCAUUUACAAAUGCACUGUGGCAGUAAGCCAUACAUCUGUAUACAGAUGAAAUGUAAGGCUGGCUUUAACAGUUACGCAGAGCUCCUAACCCACAGAAAGGAGCAUCAGGUGUUUCGAGCAAAAUGUAUGUUUCCUAAAUGUGGCAGGAUUUUCUCAGAAGCUUAUUUGCUGUAUGAUCAUGAAGCACAACAUUAUAACACCUAUACAUGUAAGUUCACAGAGUGUGGUAAAGUUUAUCGUUCUCAGAGUGAACUAGAAAAGCACUUGGAUGAGCACAGUGCUCCUCCUGAGAAAGCACUGCCACCUGAAGACCAACUUCAUUCAUCUGAUGAUUCCAUUCAGCCUUACAAAGGAAACCAGAACACAGAUGGAAACACUGAGAAGGAGCAUGCUAUGCUUCCAUCAGAAAAUAACACUGAAAACAGCUCACCAGAUGACAAAACUAAGAGUUGGGAUAAAAACAAAGCCGAAUCAGACAACCCUGAACAGGAUCAGGUUUCUGACUCUUUGCUGAGGGAACCUGAUGGAUCAUUGUCAAAUGAUUUGGAAAAUCCUACUACCAUCCCCCUGCUUCAGGCCAGUGAAGUAGCUGUGUCCAUCAAAGUGUCUCUCAAUCAGGAGGUUGAGGAUAACUUUGAAAAACAAGAAAACUCAGAUGUAGGAGGCACUGGUGAAUCACUGCUCACAAGUUUGCAUACACCAGUUGAAAGCACUUGUACUGAUUUAUGUCAUUCAGGUUUCCAAGAGAGGAAAGAACAGGAUUGCUUUAGCCAAACUCAAAUUACUCAGAAUUCUUUAGUUAAUUCCGAAACUCUCAAAAUGGAUGACUCUACCCCACAUAACUUAGAAAGACAAGUGAAUAGUCUAAUGACCUUUGCUGUGCAAAAUCAGUCAGGAUUUCAAAACAAUUUACCAACUUCCAAGCUUGAAUGUGAAGGAAAUGUGAAAACAUCAUCCAACCUUUACAGUUUACCUCUGAAGACAUUAGAAAGUAUCACAUUUGUUCCACCACAGGCUGAUCUCAGUGGCUCUAUAGACACCCCGUCAGUGCCUCCUAAAGCUCCAGUUCAGAAAUUCAGUUGCCAGGUUGAGGGAUGUACUCGAGCUUAUAAUUCUUCACAGAGCAUUGGGAAACAUAUGAAAACAGCACACCCUGAGCAGUAUGCUGCAUUUAAAAUGCAGCGCAAAAGUAAAAAAAGUCAAAAAUCUAAUAACCUAAAUACACCAAAUAAUGGAAAGUUUGUUUAUUUUUUGCCAUCACCAGUGAGCAGCUCAAAUAAUACUUUUUUUACACCACAGACCAAAGCCAGUGGGAUUCCUACUUGUUCAGCCCCGUUACAGCCUGUCUCCUCUUCUAUUUUUCCAGCAAAUGUAACUGCUUCACUGUUGCCCUCAAUGGAAAAUGUCAUAAAUCCAAAUAUACCUUCUCAGGACAAAAAUGAACCAAGUAGUAUAUUGUGUUCCCAGAUGGAAAAUUUACCAGGUACUCCCUUGGCAGCACAAAUGGAAGAUCUAACCAAAACUGUUUUGCCCUUGAAUAUUGACAGUGGCUCAGAUCCUUUUAUGCCUUUACCUGCAGAAAGUAGUUCCAUGUCUCUCUUCCCUUCACCAGCAGAUAGUGGGACUAAUUCUAUAUUUUCCCAGCUAGAAAACAAUACAAAUAGUUUUUCUUCACAGAUUGAAGGGAACACUAAUUCCACCUUCCUGAAGGGGAACAAUGGUGAAAAUGCAGUUUUCUCUUCACAAGUGAAUGUUGCAAAUGACCUCAGCAGCAGUAGUGCCCAACAAUCUGCAUCUGAAAAAGCUAAAAAAGACCGUGGAUGUGGUCCAAAUGGGAAGGAAAGAAAACCCAAGCAAAACAAAAGAGCUAAGUGGCCUGCAAUUAUCAGAGAUGGAAAAUUUAUCUGUAGCAGGUGUUACAGGGCUUUUACUAAUCCUAGAUCACUAGGUGGACACUUGUCUAAGAGAUCUUAUUGUAAGCCACUGGAUGGAGCGGAAAUUGCCCAGGAACUUCUACAGACGAAUGGACCUCCUUCUCUUCUUGCCAGCAUGAUUCUCUCCACAAAUGCAGUAAAUUUGCAGCAGCCACAACAGUCUACCUUUAGCCCAGAAGCAUGUUUCAAAGACCCAUCAUUUUUGCAGGUUCUUGAAAAUCGUGCACCAAGGUUUUUACCAAAUACAUUUCCUCGUACUAGCGUGACUAAUUUUAAUACCACCAUUAGCCAAGAAGGAAGUGAAAUUAUUAAACAGGCCUUGGAAACUGCUGGCAUUCCUAGUACAUUUGAGAGUGCAGAAAUGCUUACUCCAGUUGUUCCAUCAAGUGGUGUGUCUGAGACAGCACAAGUCAAUGCAGUGGUCAUGCCAAAUUCAAAUGUGCCCCCUCUGUUACAGAGUGUAUGCCAUCCAAAUGCCCUGCUUACAAACCAGAGUAGGACACCAGACUCCAAAACUUCCUCCGUGGAUGAGUGCAGCACUUUGCCAGUCUUUCCAGCAAAUGAUUUACUACUGAAGACUGUGGAAAAUGGCUUGUGCUCUGGUUCAUUCCCUAGUGCUGGUGAGUCAUCACAUAAUUUUACCAAUAAUAGUCCACGUGUUUCAGUUAUAAGUGGUCCUCAGAAUUCAAAGUCUAGUCAAUUAAAUAAAAAAGGAAACAGUUCUUCUAAGAAAAGAAAGAAAGCUGUUCCUCCAUUAAUAGCACCUAAUACAUCCCAGAACUUGGUAUCAGAUGACUUAACAGCAGUGGAACUCGUAGCAAAGAAUGUUGAGAUAUCAACUACUAGCCUUCAUGCAAAUGCAGUUCCAACUUGUGAACCUCAGGGGUUGGUGGGAAAUCUAACACAGAAGCUAAGUAAUGUUGACAAUCAGUUAUUUUUGACUGAUGUAAAAGAAAGCUUCAAAACUAACCUUGAGUCUCAUACAGUGUUAGCACCUUUACCAUUAAAAACAGAAAAUGGUGAUUCCCAAAUGAUGACUUUAAAUUCAUGUACAACAUCGAUAAAUUCUGAUUUGCAGAUUUCUGAAGACAAUGUUAUGCAAAACUUUGAAAAGACUCUUGAAAUUAUUAAAACGGCUAUGAAUUCUCAAAUACUUGAGGUGAAAAAUGAAACUCAAGGUGUUGGUGAAACAUUACAGAAUGCACAAAUAAGUUACAACAUUCAACUUCCUUCAGUAAACACUGUACAGAAUAGCAAAUUACCUGAUUCUUCUCCAUUUGCUUCCUGUAUAGGAAUCAUGACAACAAAAAGUAAUAUUCCUCAGUCAGAAGUAUUAAAUAAAGGGGAUCAAAUACAAGAAAUCUUAGAAGGGUUACAGAAAUUAAAAUUAGAAAAUGACCUCUCCACUCCAGUGUCCCAGUGUGUACUAAUCAAUACAUCAGUGACUCUGUCUCCCACACCUGUUAAAUCAACUCCAGAUACCUUAGUGGUUCAGCCAGUUUCUGAAAUUGUGAAUAGUGUUCAGUUUAGUGACAAGGUUAAUAAACCCUUUGUGUGUCAAAACCAAGGCUGUAACUAUAGUGCUAUGACAAAAGAUGCACUGUUUAAGCACUAUGGUAAAAUCCAUCAGUAUACUCCAGAGAUGAUUCUUGAGAUUAAGAAGAAUCAGUUGAAAUUUGCUCCAUUUAAAUGUGUGGUACCUACAUGUACAAAAACAUUUACAAGAAAUUCUAAUCUCCGGGCACACUGUCAAUUGGUACAUCAUUUUACAACAGAAGAAAUGGUAAAGUUAAAAAUAAAAAGGCCUUAUGGAAGAAAAUCUCAGAAUGAAAAUUUGCCAGCGUCAAAUGUUGUUCAAGUAAAAAACCAGCUAGUUAUGACAGAAGAAAAUAAAAAGGAAUCCCAGCCUGCUUUAGAACAGGAAACGGUGAAGGAAAAUGACAUAACUAAUCUAACAGUGACCCCAGAAAUAGAACUUACAGAAAAAAAAAGUCCUGAAAAUACAGAAAGUUCUUCACAAGCAAUUGCAGUUAGUCCAGAACAACAUAAUAAAAAUUCCCCAACAAAUACACAAACCAAAGGACGGAAAAUUAGGAGGCAUAAAAAAGAAAAGGAAGAGAAACAAAACAAGAAGCCAGUAACCCAAACCCUUGAGAUACCAACAAGAUACAGUCCCUACAGACCUUAUCGGUGUGUUCACCAGGGUUGCUUUGCUGCCUUUACAAUACAGCAAAACUUGAUUCUUCAUUACCAGGCUGUUCACAAAUCGGACCUCUCUGCAUUUUCUGCAGAGAUUGAAGAAGAAAGUGAGGCUGGUAAAGAAAGUGAGGAAGGUGAAACUAAACAAGCUGUGAAAGAAUUUCGAUGUCAGGUUAGUGACUGUUCUAGAAUUUUCCAAGCAAUUACUGGCCUGAUACAACAUUACAUAAAACUUCAUGAGAUGACUCCUGAAGAAAUUGAAAAUAUGGCAACCACUGUGGAUGUUGGGAAAUUUCCAUGUGACCAGUUAGAGUGCAAAUCUAGCUUUAGUACCUACUUGAACUAUAUUUUCCAUCUUGAGGCUGACCAUGGAAUUGGGUUAAGAGGAAGUAAAGGAGAUGAGGAUGGCAUAUAUAAAUGUGAUUGUGAAGGUUGUGACCGUAUUUAUGCAACUCGAUCUAAUCUCCUCCGACACAUUUUUAAUAAACAUAAUGACAAACAUAAAGCUCAUUUGAUUCGACCUAGAAGAUUAACCCCAGGUCAGGAAAAUAUAUCAAGCAAGGCAAACCAAGAAAAAACAAAACCCAAACAUCGAACAAAAGACAGCAGAUCCAGGAAGGAAGGAACUAAAAUACCUAAGACAAAACGAAAGAAAAAAAAUCAUUUAGAAAACAAGAACACAAAAAUUGUGCAAGUUGAAGAAAAUAAGCCUUAUUCUUUGAAACGUGGAAAGCACGUAUAUUCUAUAAAGGCUAGAAAUGAUGCCUUAUCGGAGUGUACAAGCAGGUUUCUCACCCAGUAUCCAUGCAUGAUAAAGGGAUGUUCAUCAGUUGUUACAAGUGAAAGCAAUAUCAUUAGACAUUAUAAGUGCCAUAAGCUAUCCAAGGCAUUUACAUCACAGCACCGCAAUCUUCUUAUUGUCUUCAAACAGUGUUGCAACUCACAAGUUAAGGAAACGUGCCCUGAGCAAGACGUUAAUAAAAGUGAUGUGAAAGAGCCUGACACCUGUGUAUCAGAGAACAAUGACAACUCAGAAGCACCUUUGGUUCCACAGAGGGAAGUAAAAAAAAAUGAAAAAGAUGAAAUGGAUGAACUAACAGAGUUAUUUAUCACAAAACUAAUAAAUGAAGACACCACCAAUACAGAGGCCCAGGCUAAUAAUCCUCCUUCAAUUGAAAGUAAUGAUAUUCAGGAAAAUAACCCCUGCCAAUCAGAAAAACCAAAAGGAAAUAAUUUGAAAAGAAUUAAUAAAGAAAAAAAUGUCUCACAAAAUAAGAAGAGAAAAACUGAAAAACCUGAAGCCACGUUGGCUGUUGAGUUAAGUAGUCCACAAAAAGAAGAAGAAACUGCUGUUGCCAUUCAGACCACUGAGGAUCACCCUGCCUCCUUCGACUGGAGCUCCUUUAAACCUAUGGGAUUUGAGGUAUCAUUUCUCAAGUUCCUGGAGGAGUCUGCUGUAAAGCAGAAGAAAAAUACAGACAAAGACCAUCCUAACAGUGGAGCUAAAAAAGGAGCUCAUUCAAAUUCAAGAAGAAAUACAAACAAGACUGCUGUGACUGGUGGGAAUCGUGUAUGUUCUUGUAAAGACAGUGAAACUUUUGUACAGUUUGCCAAUCCAUCACAACUUCAGUGCAGUAAAAAUGUAAAAAUUGUUUUAGACAAGACUUUUAAAGAUUGCACUGAGCUCGUCUUAAAGCAGCUUCAGGAAAUGAAACCUACUGUUAGUCUGAAAAAACUUGAAUUACGUCAAGAUAAGUCUCUUAUGAAAGAAGUCAGCAUAGGUAAAGCCAUGGGGAGAGGGCAGGACUGAGAACUUAUGUACUUACUAUAAAUACAUUAUUAAUGGUUUUAUUUUAAAUAGGAAGCCAUUAAGCAUGCUAGAAUUGUGAAUUUUGUUUUCUUUUGUUGUUGUUGUUGUUACCAAUUAACCUAGCCAAGAAAAAAGGAAGAAGAGAAGAAAAAUACAAACUAACCGCCAUGACAUUUGUCAUGUAAAACUUUUUGUUUUUAUCCCUAUGGGACUGGAGGGACAGAAGCAGUACUUCUGUUUUGUAAAUAGAUGAGCUGAACCUCAUAUUUCUACCAACCAGUUACCCUUUCCAUGACCUAAACUGAAUUUUCUGUGUGAAUGGUGUGUUUCACGGGUCACUGCUCAUGUAUAACAGUCCUCUUUGUAGAUACCUUUUUUUGUAUAUAUUUAUUAUUGUAAAUCAUCUGCUGCCACCAGCAGUCUAUAAGUCUAAACUAUUAAAUGACACAUUUAUAUUUGGAAUUUUAAUUUUUAACUGACCAAGUUUUUAACUAAGUGAUCAAAUCUUGUUUUAAAUUAAGAACUUUUUGAACUAAAACUAGAAACUGCUAUAGUCCUUUUGUUUUUUAACGUGCAUUUAUUUGCAAAAUGCUCUUAAGAUUACUUUUCACAGACAAGGCACAUUGUUGUAUUUACACCUCACUCUGCUUUGUAAAUUUACCGUUCAAAAUUUUUAGGUGGUAGUCAUGUUAAAUUAAGGCAGAUGCUUUAAGCAAUUUCCUAUACAUACAAGAUUUUUUGGUUUGGGGUGGGUUUUUUUUGUUUUUUUCAUUGCUUUUAAUUGGAUACAGUUGCUAUGAUUCCAUGAAACAUAAUGGAAAUGUGAAUAAAGAAUUUAUUACAUUAAAGAUUUUAAACAUUUGAUAUUUAAAAAAAUUCUUUGUGAUGUGAUAGAAACUAGUAGUGUGGAGCAGUGUAAAUAUUUGAGGUGGUGAUUUGUGAAGUAGCCCAGUAUUGCCUUAAAUAAAAUCACAUUUCAUUUCUUGUUUAUACAUGUGAUCUUAAAAAGGUUUUGGGUUUGGUCCCCCCUCCCCCCUGCCCCUUUUUUUGAAAUUUAUAGAUUGGUGUAUAGCUUUAAACUGUAUAAACUUUUGUGGAAAGAUUUUUUUAAACAUUUUUAUAAAUCUUAAUAUUCGUAUCAUCAAAGUGAGCCCAUCUUGUGUUUAUAAAAUGCAAGAGUCCUUAGCAUUUCUAAUUACAAAGAUAAAACACUUUCUAUAAGGAAGUUGGAUGUUUUGAUUUUAUUGUUAUAGAUGUUAGAUUAUACAGAUUUGUCUGUAUUUUUCCACCAUAUCUAAUGAUACUUUUUUCAUUAGAUUGGUCUUCAAGAGCAGUAUUAGUUGUACAAUGGAUUAUUUUGGUUAUUCAGUAUAUAGUUAGCUCUUACAAUUUAGCUUUAUUCACCAUAUUUAUACUGUGGAUUCACAGCUAAAAGUAGAGAGUUUAUGACCUUCAUUUAAAGUCCAAUGAAAAUCAGUACUAGAAGCAAAAGGAAAAUACUCUUUCAAGAUCAACUUUUGUUUCUGUUUGCCAUAAAUACUAUAGUAGAAUUGGUUUUUUACUUUGUGUUUGUUAUAAAAUUUGAAUUCACAAUACUAUUAGCUUGUGGUAUUGAAGAUAAUGUGAUGAUCUGAAAUUGUGUAUAUUCCCUGUGCAACAUCAUAAUUUCAGGAAAAAUGAAGCACUUACCAUUAAUUGAAAUUACUAGUACUCUGAAUAAAUAAGCAUGGCCAAGGAGUGAAUUAUUUUCUUUUGGAAAAUCUUUUUAUGUUUUAUUAUUAAAAUAGUUUUAUAUUUAGGGUCUAAUUGGUUGUACUUCCUAAUUGGUUUCAUUUCCUUAAAGGUUUAUUACCAAUAUGCAUAAGACUUGACACAUUAAAAUUCCUGUCCCUUGGUAAGCCCACUGUUAUUUAUUAAAAUAAAAGUUGUUUUUAUGGGUGGUUAA